GAAAAUUAAAUAAAGAAUUUUAGUUUUUGUCUUACUUCGAAAAAUUCAUCAGCAUAUCAAUUUUUUUUUCAGAUUACCGGCAUAUUUAUCAUUACUUUUCUUUAAAAUUUUAUUCUAAUAUUUUUUAAAAGUUGAUAAUAAUAUGUAAUCAAACUUAAAAAAUAUAAUAAUAAUACAAAAUAAAAAAGUGGGGUUUUUCGCCUUUUGUUUUUUUCUUCAUUUUUUUAAACCAUAGUCUUUUAUUGUUCUUAAUGUAGUUUUUGUAGAUAAUUUUCAGACUUAGGCAAUCCCUAAGGAAGGGAUUCGGCGGUGACUCAGAAAGGACUAGCGACUUUAAGUCUGAAAAUGUUGGAUAGAGAUACCACGUGGAAGUUUUUACAUGCUUGUCAAUUGAUCAGUGAGGAUAAAUGAAACGCUGCUAGUAUGUUGAAGCACAAGCGACGGAAAGCAGAAUGCAAACAUAGUUGUUUUUCGGCGCAAGAGAGUUUUAGAGUCUGCUCUUUCCAUUUGCGAUGGCUGCUCUCAGAUUGCUGGCACUGGCUGGCGGGGAGCAAUUACAAGAGACUAGCAGUCGCACGAAUGAAGUGGGCGCCAAUCGCCGGCGGGAGCAGUUCGACGUUAGAACCUAAACACCCCGUGAUCGCAGAACUACACAGAAAACAGAACCGAAAUAGAAACAGAAGUCGAAACACAAAUCGAAAGAGAAGCGCAAACAGCACGCGGCACGCGGAAAACGGGUCGAACAACAUAGCAAAACAAAACCCAAUUAAAAUCAGAUAUUAAUAGAAAAACCAAAGUGCACAACAAGUAAAAGUCCUCACAGGGCUGGGAACGAACCAAAGAGCAAACGACAUUUCAAAUUAAAAGAAUGCCUGACACGGAGGAAGUUCCUGAGAAGGUGCCUCGCCUGGGGUUGCGACACCUGCAGGCGGGUCUCCUCUUUUACGGACUGGCGGCCAACACAGUUCUGCAGCUGAACGUGAGCGUGGCAGUGGUGGCGAUGACCAAUGGAAACACAACAACCGAAAGCGACACGCCCCACUACAAUUGGACUGAGCUGGAGAAGUCAUACAUCCUGUCGAGCUACUACUGGGGUUGCGCACUGGCCCAGUUUCCCGCCGGCUAUCUGUGUAAGCGCUUCGGAUCUAAAGCGGUUCUCUUCUGGGGCACUCUGGGAUCUUCCCUGCUCAGUGCCCUUACAACCUGCUCGGUCUAUGCAGCCGGGUGGAAAGCGUACUGUGCGAUUCGCCUGCUGCAGGGGCUGUGUCAGGUGAGCUGGCCCUGCAUCCACCAGCAUUUGGCCAACUGGUGUCCCACGGCGGAGCGAACGCGUCUGGGAGCGUUUGCCUACACGGGAUUUGAUUGCGGCAAUGUGCUGGCCAUGUAUGGGGCGGGCAUGGUGGCCAGCUCUUCACUGGGGUGGCCGGGCAUUAGUUACUCGGCAGCCGGGCUGGGCCUAAUUUGGUGCGUUCUUUGGCUGCUCCUGGGAGCCAAUGGGGCCAGUGAGGCCAGGUUUAUUGGCGAGGCGGAGAAAUCCUAUAUCGUGGGGGAUCUCCAGCGAUCAGAAAGGACGGAGCCCAAGAAAAUGGAGAUUCCCUGGAGGGGCAUUUUUACCUCAGUACCAGUCUACGCCCUACUCUGUGCCCGUUGUGCUGACAGUUGGGGACUGACCACCAUGCAAACUCAAUUACCUACCUACUUGAGCGGCGUCUUGGGCCUGGACAUGAAAAGCAAUGCGAUUUUCUCGGCGCUUCCUUUCCUACUCAUGUGGGUCAUGUGCUACGUCUAUCUGAUUAUUGCGGAUGUACUGCUCCACAAAAAGUGGAUGAGCCUGACGGCCUUAAGAAAGACCUACACGAGCAUAGCUCUUUGGGCUCCGGCCUCCAUUAUGUUGACGCUCGUUUUCAUGGGUAAAGGUCAGCAGACCUUAGUCCUCGUGUUGGUAACUCUCAGUGUGGGAGUGAGUAGUGCAGCCACGAUUGGCAGCGAGCUGAACACGAUUGAUUUAUCGCCCAACCAUGCCGGGAUUCUUGCCGGCCUUAUGAGCAGCCUUACCAACCUGAUGGCUCUUUUAACGCCCCUUGUGGUGGGCGUUUUGGUCCCGGACCCCAGUCAACGGAACCAGUGGCAGGUGGUUUUCAGCCUGGCAGCCGGAGUUCUGUUCGCCGGGAAUGUGAUUUUCUUGGUUUGGGGCACUGCCGUGACCCAGCCGUGGAACGAGUCCAAGGAAUUGCAGCGGGAACUGGAGCCGGAGGAGAAGCCAUUUCAGCAUACUAAGCUGGAAAUAACAGCUGACGGUUCCGAUGGCAGCGGGGUAAGCUUAAGACUGAACUGUACGAGCCCGUGAGAAUUAAAUUCAAACUUUUAUUUCGAG